UGUACUAUGCAAAUACUGCAAUCAGCAACCGUUAUCCGCUUCUCUCCAACGCCACAACUCCAUGACCAUUUUGAAUUAAGCUUUCCAUUCACAGUAUUGGCUCUUCUACUGCUCUUCUCAAAGGCGCUCUUCCAGUGUUCUUACUUCUCAUAAACCGUCAUUAUCUUCUCGGCUAGGCGGAGUAGUACUGGACUGUUCGUUUUAUUCUCCCCUUUUGCCGGUACGUCUGACAUCUCGGUGUGCUUCGACGACUGCGUGAUUUUCUAGUGUUUUCUUGAAUUCUGAAUUGGUUUCUGCUCGUUAUUUAACCAGAACAAGAAUGAUCACUUUGGCUGUUAUUGUAAUGGCAUGUGGAAUUAUUUGCUUUUCUCGUUGAAGAAAUUGAAAAAUGUGGGGUUCUACACAUGUUCUUGAUGAGCAAUUCAAUCCUCUUAUGCCACAAUUUAAUAUUCAUUAAAGAAAAUCCGGUAAGGAACAUGUUCUCUUCACCCUAUGCAUCCUGUUGCUUGGCCCAAUCUCGUUACAGAAGGAAACGGCUUGGUGGGGUUAUACCGAAUGCAAAGAAAAAGAGAAGUUGGUGGCAGAAGUUCUUCUUCGAUGAUGAUGGGAACUGGCUUGGCUUAAAGGAAGAUGACUUGCUAGAGAACGAUUCCGAGACCUCAAGCGAAGAGGAAGAGUUGGAGGAGGAGAAGUUUGAGGCAUGGAGGAGGAGAGCAGAGGCUAUUAUCGAGUUAAGGGAAGCACAGGAAGAUAUGAGGAAUGAGGAGAGUAGGAGAUGGGAGGACUGGAUUGUGGAUGCGGAUGAACAUGCGGAUCGUUCUUUUUCUUCCUGGAGCCAGGAUUGGGAUAAGGGGAUAGAUUCAAGGGAGGGUCUGCAGUCGAAUCUCAGCGAUUUCUUCCCUGAAAGAGGGUUAGUAGAGUCUCUGAGGGAUUUGGUUCUCGGAAGGCAAGAAGAGGAUAUUUUGUAUGAAGAUCGUGUUUUCCAGUAUGCCUCUUUGAAUUCGGCCAAGUUCUUGGCAAUUUUGAUACUAAUACCAUGGGCCUUGGAUUUUGUGGUUCACGACUAUAUCCUCAUGCCCUUUUUGGACAGAUAUGUGAAGAAAGUGCCUCUUGCUGCGCAGAUGCUUGAUGUGAGAAGAAAUCAAAAGCUUGAAAUUGUUACGGAAUUAAAACUUGAGAAAGCAAGAUAUCAGCUUGAGGUUGAGAUUGGGAAAUCUCCACCACUUUCAGAUGAGGAAGUCUGGUGGGAGUUGCGGAAUAAAGCGUUAGAAUUGCGGGACGAAUGGAGAUUAGAGAACUGUAAAGCAUUUGCAAAUAUAUGGUCUGAUAUGGUCUUUGGGUUCUCAUUGUUCAUUCUUUUAUACUUCAAUCAGAGUAAAGUAGCUUUGCUGAAAUUUACAGGGUACAAAAUAAUAGAUAAUAUUUCAGAUACUGGGAAAGCAUUUCUUAUUAUACUUAUCACAGACAUUUUUUUAGGGUAA